UUAGGCGUGAUUUUAGUGGUUGCGUAACGGUCGCGCGUUAAGAAGAAUCAAAUUUUAUGGAAAAUUUACGGAUUUCUGUUUAUGAGGCGGCAUCAGUUAUCAGUAUUGAUUCUGGCAUUUACGAAUUGAAAACGAAAAGAAUAGUUGCAUUACGAGUCCGAUCUCCGCACUUUGUGCAAUCUGGACAACGAGUGAUACAGCGAAACGAGAUUUAAGGAACAAAUUAAGAUGAGCUUUCUUACGAUGCUUACGAUGGCGGAUCUCAAGGAGAAAUUAAAGGAAAAGAAUUUGCCAACAAUCGGGUCGAAGUUCGAGCUGAUCACACGGCUGCUGGAAGCAGGAGUUCCGCUAGAAGAGUUGUCUGGUUGUGUUUCAAGUGAGGCACGAGAAACGCCGUCUUAUAAAGAAUUUCUGCAGGGAGCAAAUGCGCAGUUGACGGUAUCCGCCCGCGAGAUCGAACUGCUGCAGAGGGAAAAAGAUUUGGCUGUACGUGAAGUAGAGCUGUUGAGAAGAGAAUUAGAACUCUUGCGAGCGACGCAUCGUACGGACGAAACCUUGUCUGCCCGAGCCAGCACGAAAAAGUGGCGAGAUCUCAAGAACCUAGUUGGCGAAUAUAAUGGAAACAACCGUGAUUUUGACCUGUGGGAGAAGCAGACAAGAAAAUUACUCUCUGCGUACGAUCUGAAUGAUCAUGAAGCUAAGGCGUUGGUAUGCAACAGACUGACCGGCAAAGCUCUGAAGUGGUAUCAUUCGAGAGUCGAUUGUGUGGAAUUAAGUUGCGACCAACUUCUACGCGAACUCAAGAAAAUUUAUGGACAGCGACCAGAUCAGCUUACUUUACGACGCCAACUGGAAGCAAGAGUGUGGAAAACUGGCGAGACUUUCGCAGAUUAUUUACACGACAAGGUGAUGCUUGCAAAUCGAGUGCCGGUCGAAUCUGAAACUGAAAUUAUCAGCUACAUUGUCGAGGGUAUCCCGAAUCAAGAGUUGCGCACACAGGCAAAAGUGCAGCGCUAUCAUUCGAUAGACGCAAUGUUGACCGCGUUUGCAAACGUCCCGGCGCCUAAAGGACCUCAGCGUAAGCCGUUUUCUCAACCUCGUGGAAACCAGACCUCGGGAAGCAGCAAGCAGGAAUCGGAGCAGCGACAGUCUAAAGAAGCAGACUCACGAAAGUGCUACAAUUGCAAUGAACACGGACAUUUUGCAGCAGAGUGCAAGAAGGAGAAGAGGGAGCGAGGAUCUUGUUUCACGUGCGGAAAAUUUGGACACCGAGCGAAUCAGUGCAACACCUCAACGGAAAGCAUCAACUUGAUAACCCAAGGGCAACGAGAAGACGAAGAUUUUCAGCGAAAAGUAGAAUUACAGAUGUGGAAUAUAUGCUGUGGGCGUCCCCCGUGCGAGUGGGAGCAGUUGAUGGUCGCAGAAAUUGGGCGAACUGUGAGCAAACAUCUAUCGUCGGAGUGCGGUAAAUGCGGUAAAGCAACGUCGCUGUCGAGUCCCGGUAGCGACGUGGAUUUCGAUAGCGGUCGUGGGUUGGAAACGGUGGAUCAGCAGCAACAGCAGCAAUCGUCACAUUCGCAAGAGAAGUGGGCCUGCGACCUGACCACGCAGAGUAGAAAAGCACUCGCUAAAACGACGACAACAACAACAACAACUACUACUACUACUGUUACUACGACUCCGCCUAAAGAGCCGUCUACAAUGGGACAACAGACACCGAUUAACGCGGAUAAGGUAACCUCGACGGCGGCCGUCACCGAGGUACCCGGCGUCAUCAAGACGACCAUCAAUAGCGGCUUAGCGAUGAACGAUGUCAACGAUCAGGAAAACCUCAAGAUAGACAGCCCCGCGCCAAUUCUGGUUGACGAAGUCGAGGAAAUGAGUACUCAAGAGGAAACCCCAAAUGAUGGUGGAGGAGACGGAACUGACAACCGUCCUAUAAAUGGUGAACAAGAAUUAGUGUGUACAGUACAGGACCAAGAAAUGGAGGAAGACGAGGCCAGGUCAGAAGCUACUUUUCGUUAUACUGUCGAGAAUGUAUCCAAGAUGAAGGAUUCACAGUUCUCGCCUGCGUGUUACGUUCGCAACUUACCAUGGAAAAUAUUGGUGAUGCCUCGUACGAGUCAGACACAGGAAAGACAACCUCAGAGGUCGCUUGGAUUCUUCCUUCAGUGUAAUGGGGAAAGUAAAUCUACAUCGUGGAGUUGCUACGCCGUUGCCGAACUACGUCUACUGUCGUGGAAAAAAAUGCAAGAACCAUUUAUCAGAAAAAUUGAACAUCUUUUCUAUAGUGAAGAGAAUGACUGGGGAUUCAGUCAUUUUAUGACAUGGCAAGACGUUCUGGAUCCCAAAAGGGGUUAUAUAAAAGAUGAUUCGAUCACACUUGAGGUUCAUGUAGUAGCUGAUGCACCUUGCCCACGAGCUCCAUGAGACAUUGACCGGAUUCCAUUAAAAGCGCGCCAAUACAUCACAAAGCCACGCUCAACGUUGCACGAUGCUUUGUCCAAAAAGAAAGAUCGUUACUUCUGUAACACGACGGGAGCGUCUAUGGACAGUUUGGCGAAACAAUCCCUACUUGCAAAAGCACAAAGCACAACUCUUUGUUUUGUUUUAUGCAAUAAAAAACAAAAAAAAACAGACACAGAACAGAAAAUUGAAUUUUUAUUGUGUAUUUACCGAACAAAGUGCCAUAUUCUCGAUUGUUUACGUGUACUCGAUUUAUGUGUAUUCAACCAUGUGCUUAUAUGUUUAAAUAAAAAGUUAAACGUC